AUGAUUGAAAAGGCUAUUGCUGCCAAGAAGCCCAUUUCUAUUGAGAAGCCUAUCUCCUCUAACGUUGCUGAUGCUCGUGAGAUUGUUAAGCUUGCCAAUUCUACUGAUAUCCCUGUUUUCAUUCUUGAGAACUUCGUUUAUCACAACAGUGUUGCCAAGUUAAAGCAGCUCUUACCUAAGAUCGGUGAGGUUGUCACUUUCACAUACCAAAGCACUGGACCAUUCACACCUUCGAAAUACCAUAGCACUAGCUGGAGACAAAAGCCCGAGCACGUUGGUGGUUACAUCUCCGAUGGUGGUGUACAUCAAUUGGCUGUUCUUACUGAAGUCCUUGGUGAGGUCGAAUCUGUCUCAGGCAGAACUACCCAGCUCCGCGAGGUUUCCGGUGAUGUUGAUACUUUAAACUCUUUGUUCAACCUCAAGUCUGGCAAGUUCGGUACCUUUAUUUAUGGUUCAUACUUCGGUGCUACUGAGAAGCUUACUCGUUUCACCAUUUUCGGUACUGAUGGAUCUCUCAUUUUUGAAACUCGUCCUGGUCAAACUGCUACCGUUCUUCUCCGUGAGGGACAAGGUGGUGAUGUUGAGCCUGCUCUAUUCAAGCUUGAGGCUGAUGAUAUCAAUGGUGUCCACAGUGAGUUUGAGAACUUUGCUGAGGCAGUCAAGGCCAAGGAUAAGUCGUUGCUCAAGGUCACUCCUGCUAAGGCCUUCCACCAUUUCGCUAUCAUUGCAGCUGCUGUUGAGUCUGCUCAAAAGGGUGGUGCUCUUACUCCUGUUGCCACUGUUUAA